UAACACAGACUGCCAAAGGAUACUCCUUGUCCAGGCCAGUUGGAAAGUGCAUAGCGAUUCUCCCAGGGGAUACCCGGUGCGGCGCGUGGAGUGGGGCCCAAAAAGUGAAAGAGUCCGACACCAACAAUGAACGGCGACGGCGACCUUAUGGUUCAAGUGCGUGGGGCGUUCAAGCGGUAUGGCUAUGGGCCCCCCAUACUCGCCGGGCUCAACAUGUCAGUCAAAACAGGAACUAUAUAUAGUUUGUUGGGGCCUAGUGGCUGCGGGAAGACGACCCUCCUCAGUUGCAUUGUAUCGAGGACACAUCUUGACUGCGGAUUUAUCAAACUUGGUGUCACGAAAAAGUCGGAGAUCGGUUAUAUGCCACAGGACAUCGCCUUGUUUCAAGAAUGUACAAUAAAAGAGAUAUUCAACUUCUACGGCACUUUGUACGGUAUGAAACCCCACGAGGUAAAAAUGAGGAUGAAAGAGCUCUGCGGCAUGCUCGACCUCCCGCCGUACAACAGAUUUAUUCACUCUCUGAGCGGCGGACAACAAAGAAGGGUUUCUUUCGCAGUAGCUCUCUUAUACAACCCACCGUUGCUAAUCCUUGACGAGCCGACUGUCGGAAUGGACCCAGUCCUGUGUAAGACGAUAUGGGAGUACCUCCUCGCCCUGACGUCGGAACACGGCAGGACGAUUAUCAUAACGACCCACUACAUUGAAGAGGCGAAGCCUUCAAACACGAUCGGGCUGCUGAGGAAAGGGGUUCUGCUCACGGAAGAGUCUCCGAAAAGGCUGAUGGAAAAACAAAAUUGUGAUAAUCUCGAAGAAGCGUUUUUAGCGUUAAGCACGAAACAGCAUGAACUGAUCAAGGCUGAAAAACAAUUUGGGGUAGCCAUAGAAUACCCGAAGGUAAAACCAAAUUCAUCCCCUCUUCCUAUUCCAAACGAUGAGUGGUUCAAUUUUAGCAGAUUUUCCGCUCAACUCGGUAAAAACGUAAGGUGGACCAGGAGAAAUUUCGGGAUUAUUUUGUUUAUCCUCCUUCUACCGGCUAUUCAGUCCUUCCUCUUCUGCAUAUGUUUUGGAAACGACCCAAAAGUUGACGAUCUCCCGGUCGCCGUCAUUUCCGAGGAGCUGACCGCCCUGACAUACAACUGCGAACACUUCCGUCACAAUUUGACCUACAGCCCAAUAUUGGAAUGUAACAUACCUUAUUCCUUGCCAUGCGAAUUUAUCGAUCGAUUGAAAGAAAAGCUCAACGUGAGAUUAUACGACGACGUUGAUAUGGCCAAGAGGCUCGCCUCCUCUAAUAAAGUUUGGGGUGUGCUAUACAUUUCAAAAAACUUUUCGACAUCAAUCGAGGAAAGGAUAAACAACGGAAUUAGCACAUCUGAUGCCGACAUCGAUGAGAGUAUCAUUUCUGUGUGGCUCGACAUGUCAAGUUAUGUCAUGUCGAAUCUAAUCAAAAGGAACAUAGGUGACAGCGUGGCAAACUUUGUCACUGGGAUUAUGAAGACGUGCGGAAUUCCGGAAAAAGCCGGCGACAUACCCGUCGUGUUCCAAGAUGCUAUUUAUGGGAGCAAUUCUCCUAUAGCGACUCAUAGCACUGCUCCAGCUUUCGUCUGCUCAUUCAUUUUCUACUUUGCUAUGACUUUCACAAGUGGGGCGAUUAUGAUGGAGAAGAUGUUCGGAAUCGUCGAGAGAAUAAUGGUCGCCGGUAUGACACGCUUUGAAAUAAUUACCGCUCAUUUGGUCGUCCAAUUCUUCAUGAUGACGUUGCAGGCGGUCUUUAUGCUGUUUAUAUUGUAUUACGUCUACACGAACCCGUUUGACGGAAGUUUCGUCCUUUCAAUGGGCAUGUUGUACCUCGUUGCCUUCGUCGGCAUUGCUUUCGGGUUCUUGACAAGUGAGAUUUUCUCAGAAGAAAAAAUGUCCUCUUACACCGGUAUCGGUAUGAUCUUGGCGAUUUUUAUGCUCGGAGGAUUACUGUGGCCGUUGGAAGGUGCUCACAUCGUGUUGAGAUCUUGGAUACGGUUUUUCCCACUGGUGGCUGCGAUCGAAGGAUACGCCCACAUCACCCUCAAGGGCUACGAUUUCUUCCACAGGACGGUCUACAUGGGCUAUGUUUCUUGUUUCGCAUGGAUUAUCAUUUUUGGCGGUCUCUCGUAUAUCAUUUCAAAAAAGACAAAAGGAUCUUAGUUUUGCUCAAAAUAAUUUAAAUUACUUUUUAAUUAAUGUAUAUAAAAAUGCGUUAUUGUAAAUAUAUUUUUCUUUUAAUUACUCCCAAAAAACGCUCAGUAAAUCUACAAGAAAAUUUAUUAUGUUUUGCUCAAAUAAUUAUAAUUUGUUUUCUGAA